AUGAUGAAAUUAGGAAAUAUUUUAAGUUUUUUCAAAUCAGAAAAAAACUAUAACAUUGACCAACUCGACCCACAACCAACCAAUUCAAUUGAAUAUGGUUGGUCAUGGAUUCUUCAAAGUUAUGGUGAAUUUGGUUUAUUCUUAAUUUUUUAUAUCUCAAUGGCUAUCCUUUAUGCCCUUAGUGCAAUUGUCUUCCAUUUAUUUGACAAAUAUAAACUUUUCCCAAAGUUAAAACUUCAAGUUACUAAAUAUCCAUCAUCUCAAGAUAUUAAAAGAUGUAUUAAUAAUUUAGUUUUAAAUUAUAUUUUCGUUAUUUUACCAUUGGGUGUUGUAUUUUUCCCAUUUUCAAAAGUUUUAGGAAUGAGUUAUGAUUUACCAUUACCAUCAGUUUGGAAAUUUUUAUUUGAUAUUUUCCUUUGUUUAAUUGGUGAAGAUUUCUUCCAUUAUUUUAUGCAUAGAUUUUUCCAUACUCCAUGGUUCUAUAAAAAUAUUCAUAAGGAACAUCACUACUAUUCAGCACCAUUUGGAUUUACAGCUUCAUAUGCACAUCCAGUUGAAGUUGUAUUUUUAGGUAUUGCCACAUUCGCACCAGUUUUAAUUAUUAGACCACAUUAUCUCACUUUUUAUUCAUGGUUUGUCGUUCGUCAAUUAGAUGCCGUUUUAACUCACUCUGGUUAUGAUAUUGAUGUUUUCCCAUUCAAUUUCAUGCCAUACUAUGGUGGUACAUCUUUCCAUGAUUAUCAUCAUAAAGAGUUUACAUGCAACUAUGGUUCAAGAUUCACUUAUUUAGAUAAAUUAUUAGGAACUUAUAAAGAAAGAUCAAAACCAAAAUCAAAAUCAAACUAA